UAAAAGGGAAUCAACUGGUGAGGUACAUCAAUUCGCUGGAUGGAAAGCAAGAACUGAGCUAUUACAAUGUGUUUUUUUCAUGCUCUACAGAUUUAUAUUGAUAAUUUUCAUGUUUGGUGACAAGAAGCAAGUGAGAUUCUCUUUGAUGAGCAAAAUGAUCUCGUAUCAAAGACAUUCUUUAUACAAGCCUUAAUAUGGUUGUAUGCGUGAACGCAUAAAACAAGUUUUGAUACAAACAUUCCCUGACAAAUACAACAUUCUAAAUUAAACAUUACGUAUACUGUCUCACUUCAAUUUGGACUUACUAGAGGGUGCUGAGGAUAUGGCUACAAAAGUCACUAGUUUCGUAAUUAAAGAAUUAGAAAGUCAGAUACAGUUUGAAUAAGUUGAUGAAAGUUUGGCUUCUCAAGUGUUUGGUGACCAGAAAGAAUAUAUAUUUUUAUUAAUGAAAGAAUUUGUUGACAAGACUAAUAAAGACACAAGAAGGCCAUCAAAAAGACAUUAAAUGUUACGUCUGCCACGAAGUGUUUGAUGCACAAAAUGGCGAGCUACAUUCAGAAUGAUAUAAAAGUCAGAUUUAAAGAUGGUUUUACGUGUAAGGUGGUGGAUUACCCACUAUAUGCAGAUCUAAAAUUAGCUUUGAUACAACUAUUCCGUGACAAAUACAAAAUAUCAACUGGUGAAAAAUGGAUGGAUAGAUCACACGACGAUUCCGACUUAGAUGAUAAUACUGAAGGUUUGGCUACAAAGGUCACGUGUUACAUUAUUAAAGAAUUAGAAAGUGGUAGUUUGACUAGUCACAUUUUAGACGACAAGAAUCUGCAGAUAUUAGAAAGAAAAAUUAAUCUCAUGUUUGGUGAAGAGAAACAUGAGAUAACCAAAUUGAUUAAACAAAUUGUUGACAAGAAAUACAAUGCGACCAAAGACUCAAAAGAAAGUCGCCAAUCGGCAACGUUGCCUGACAUUAAUAUCGACACAGCCUCUAUCACUGUGGUUUUGAUGAACAAAAUGGCCGACGUCAUUCAGAAUAAUUUAACGGUGAAGUUUAAUGAUGGCAUUAUGUAUGAGAUCUUUGAUUACUCAUUUCAUAGACACUUUAAUAAAGCUUCGAUACAAAAUAUUCUCAAAGAAGAAUCCAACAGGACAUAUGAUGUUGACAAAAAAAAUAUAGAAUUUGUCGAAUCAGCUCUUCAGAUAUUACAAAAUGUGUUUCAAAAAAGCAAAUUUAAUUUCGGUAAUGUGUUAUAUUAUAUUAUAUUAAUAAACAUAAUUUUGGAGAACGAAUUGUUUUCAAAUAGUAUAACCGUUCUAACAAUAUUAGAUGAAAGCUCUGCGCAUUUCCAAUCCUGUGAGGAAGCAAAUAUAUCAUUAAUCAAACCCACAUUCAGAAUAACCAAACAGUCAAGAAGCUCUAUGUGUGCGUUUCUCUGUCUUCCUCAUGUUUAUUUGAGGGGAGCAGACUAUAGAGAUAAAUCGUUGAAAGCGUCUAACACAAGUUGCGAUUAGAACAUAGUCAAUUCAACUUUUAUUGCUUUCUUGUAUAUAUCACAUAAAUGACAAUGUAGAUAUUUUUAAUUGUGAAAGACAAUUGUCAGCAGCUGACAUGAGCUGCAGAAACUUGAACUUUGACCUGUCUGACAGGUCUUUUGACACUUUGACCUCUGUAAAUAAACCUGUAAAGACGAGUAAAGAAUGGCUGAUUUCUAUCGUCCGUAUUCUGUCUAGAGUUUAUAUUGAGAAAGGUAAAGGUCAGGAUGGUGUUUGGAGCGAAAAUUGUAAACCAGAAUGGUGGGAUAGAGAGGUGGGACUCCAAUGGAGAAAUCCUACAGGAAAAUCUAAAGACACAGUCGAUGACUUAAAGAAAAAAUACGAAGCUUUGGCCCGUAAACUUCGUGAAGAAAGAAGAUUUCCAUCAGAGUUUGAUGACGAGGCGAGACUUUGGGAUGUUGGGAAAGUUGACGAACUGUUUCAGUUGGUAUCGGAGAAAAAUUUGUACGAAAGUUUGAAAAACAGUACCUGCGCGUGUACUAGUUACAUCGAUAAGUACGGACUAGAUCAAAUUAACCCAACUAUUCGUAACAAAAUUUUAAUUGAAAUUACUAAUCUUCAAAGAUGUUUCAAAGUCCAGUCAAAUAUAAAUCAACUUACAUCAGGAAUUGAUACAGAGGCGGAUAACGUUAAAUCCACAAAGAAAAGUUACUCACUCAAAAAGACAAAAAAUUAUGGUAGUAAAAAGAUGGGUCACACUUCAGUCGAUUCAAUUCAAAGUUUAGAUCAGCAAGCAGAAUUCACUCCAUCUUCUAGUCACCAAGCAAAUAACAUUUUUCAGAAAUCUUCAAAGAGUUAUCAGUCAGCUUAUAUUUCAGGCAAACAGGGAUCUGUAGUGUGUGAAAAUGUUCUUGAUGUUUGCCCAUCCAAAAAUAGUAGUAAAAAAAGUUUAUUAGCUAUUGAGUCUUCUGUUAAGAGAAAGAGAGGAAAUGGAUAUCCCGACAUAGGUAGCUUUCGGCAUGAAGAUUUGGUUAAUGUUAAAAUAACAGAACUUUACAAUGACGUAGAAAAUAAUUUCGCUGAAAGGAAUGAAGAAGAAAUGAUACGAAAGAGAAAAGCUUCCAGUAAUAGUGUUAACGUAAUACAUUGUAAAAAAUUGUGUGAGUCUUCAUUAAGAGACGAAACGUCUCAUUCUUCGAAACUUAAUGUAGAUGGAAGUUCUAAAUUUGACCAAACUUCGUUUUUUAAUUUAGCUAAGCAAAAUGAAGAGAGAGAGGAGUUAAAUAUAAUUAUUGAAGAAAGCAAAAAAAUAUUUAAAAGUAAAUUUAUCGAAGACCAUUUGUUGACACCCACACAAUUGUCAACAGAUGAAUGUACAGAAGACCCUUUAUUAGAGAAGAUUUCUGAAACAUUCAGAACGAGCGAGGAACAAGAUAGUUUGUUUGCUGGAAAUUCUCAAGAUGUGGCUGAUCUAUUUUUAAAACUGCCAGACGUGGAGCCGUCACAUGAUCUGAGAUAUUUUGAUGAUGCGUAGUUUGAGCGCGUGGGAAGAUUAUAAUAUAAUGAUAUUGACGGAGAAGAGUUAAAGCAUGUUAAAGUUAAGAGAACUGAGGUUUUACUUAUGGUCAAAUAAACAUUCUAAAUGUGGAUAUUUCAUUUGAAUAAUGAACAUCCAAAUAUUGCUGUAAUACAAUAG